CACUGGGUGACGAGGGGUUCAAAUCUCCAAUGUGACACCAGUUCCGUCGACUUUGCAGAUACGCCUUACUGACAAGAGCCACAGAGCCCAAAACCUCGAUGAACCAGAGAUUCCCAUCGGUUGGGAAUCUAAUAGUCUUCAUUAUACAGUAUCAAAUAAACUACACUGUUCCACUCAGUUUGUGUACCAUUUUGAUCGAUAUUCACCUUCGUAAUCCUUUCAAAAAAUUCUACUUCCAGGUUUCCAGUGGAGAAUAUUCAAUUUCAGACAGUUUUACUGAUGGUGACUCAUCAUCUGAAAUGUCAGAAAGUCAACCAGGGGGCUUGAACAGACGUUUGCAAAGAAAAAGUCAUCAUUAUGAUAAUGGGCCAAUAAAGUACCGUGAGGGUGAAGUAAUGGGAUUUGUAUCGACCAAUGUUUAAAUCUACUUUUCCAGACUAAUGUUUAUCAAAAUGUUAAUGUGUAUUUUCUGUAAAUGAAUGCUAUAGAAAUGUUUUAAACUGAAUAUACUAUUUAUUAAACCG